GCGGCUUCCAGGCAGAGAUCUGGGUUGUCACGGCGGAGAGAAAGGCCCAGCGGUGCGAAAGGGAGGUUGAUGCGGCCGCCCAUUGGCUUCUGGCACGUUCUCCAGGUUCCUGCACCGCACCCAAAGCUUCUUCUGCAGGCGAUGGGCAACAUGUCACAAUCCCUUGCUUUCUUUUUUCCGCAUGAUGGAACAAUACGAACGGCGGCCUAGGUGCUUUGGCUAUUAGGUCAUACUGCUGCCAGAGCUCUCCCGCCCGGAUCCAAUGUCUCGUCGCGGACGCUUCUUGCACCCAGAGCGGCGACCCACUCGCACUCCGUCUCCGUAUCUUGCGCACAGUAACCUGUCCCGGCCGGCCUAGCAAAACGGGGCCGGUCGAGAGGACGGCGUACGCUCCCCAAGAACAUGCCCACCACGGGGCGAGCGGCCGUCUCGUCGAGCGCGCGGCAUACGCGGAAAACGAGUCAUUCUGUGUCGGAGCACCAGCAUCAUCGCAGGGAGAAGACGAAGAGCUCGCCCUCGUACGUCCAACGCCCGCACGACCGCGAGUCACCGCUCUUUACCUCGAUUCAAGGUGCCGGCGUCGAUCAGCCGCACGCAACAGAGCGACCAUUUAAGACUCGGGCGCACUCCGCGCCUCAGAUCCCAAAAAGCAGCCACCUCCCUGCCAGUGCCAGUGCCGGCGCGGACGAGGAUUUCGCUGAAGCUGCUGAGGAUGAUGCUGGCUUGUUCGACGACGAUCUCAGCGAUGACGAAGCAAUUGCAGACGACCCUUUCUUCCAACGAUUCAGCUUGCCACAGAUCGACAUGCACAACGACUAUAGGAGCACCUUCUUAAAUUCAGCAGACAUGUCCGACGAAGACACAGAGGGGCCCCUCUCUCCCACCAGCACUCUUGUGCAAGCACGGCCGGAUUCAACGGUAGAGCCUCUCCAGAGCCCGUUAGCCCCGCAGACGCCGUCGCCGUCGCCGUGGCCUGAGAACAGCGGCCGCCUCCAGGAAAUCAACAUCGCCGUCGUGGGCUCCCCACACGUGGGCAAGUCCGCCUUUGUACAGAAAGCCUUCAACCUCCAAAGCCCUCCCACUGCUGCCAUAUCUUCACGAAAAAUGUCAAUAGAUGGAAACGUGUACGUCGUCCGGUUGAUUGAGCUUUCCUUCAGCGAGCUGGAUCUGGACAAUGAGAGUCGCAUCUGCUGGCCGGACACCGUCAACGGCCAACCAAUGCCGUACAUCGACGGCGCAUUCACACUUUACGACGUAAUGAAUAAAGAGAGUCUUGUUCAAGUUCCCGAAACGCUGAGCGGCAUCUACAAUGCCUCAAUACCUUUCAUUCUGGUCGCUUGCAAGUGCGACUUUCCUUCAACUCAUCGUCUCGUUGACCCAGCAGGGGUGGAGAAGCGAGCAAAAGCGCUUAUUGGAGAUAUAACCGCCUUUCAAACCUCCAAGGCGCAGCCUGAUUCGCAAAAGAGGUGCGUGGCGGUGCUCCUCCGAGCCAUUGUCUCAAUGCGGAAUCAACGAAUUGCUCUUGCUGCCGCGGCACGGCGACGUGCCAAUUCGUCCGCCGUUAAGAGAGUCUCACCGCAACCAAACACCUUCAAACAUGCUCGCGCCAGUUCAGAGUUCACUGGCUCGAUGCAUCGAUCGCAACACAGUACUGGCAGCAGCAACAGAGCACCGUCUCCUGGCAGACUUGCCUCCAAAUCGAAAUCGUCGAUGGCCUUGCCUCUAUUGAACACAUCACACUCAAGUCUGCUCAAAGAAGCAGGAUACGCUUCCGAAGAUCAGGAACGGUAUUCUUCGGCAGAGGAAGAUCAAGCAAACCCGAUGGACAAGCCGUUGCCAACGCCCGUGGAAGUCGGCUUCACGUUUGAUCAGCUAGUCGACAGACUACUGGCCCAGCCAAUGACAAAGAAUGAUCAUAAGUUUGCGUCUGUCUUCCUAGCGUUGUACCGUAACUUUGCGUCACCGGGAAGACUACUAGAGUCCGUCAUUGAACGUUUUGAUUCAUUGAAGGCCCAGCCAUUGGCUGAGAUGUCGAGGAUAGCAGCCCAGCAACGGUACUUAAGCAUCAUUGAGCAGUGGAUCGGAGCCUAUCCUGGAGAUUUUGCGUUUCCAAGGACACGACAGACUCUGGAAGCCUUUGUUUCCAGGAUCUCGUCUGAACGCAUAUUUGCGGUUGAUGCCCGAGAGAUUGCUGCAGACCUUGAGGCCGUCGUUGAGGAUGACGACACUAACUGGGCAUACUGUGACAGUAAUAGGUGCAAGAAAUACGACUCGGGCAAUGGAAUGGCAAAGAACAUGGCGGCCCUGAGUGUGUUGGAUCAGACGCCAGCCAAUCUCACGACGUUGAGACAGCCCAGUGGAGUACAUAAUUCUUCGACAUCGGCAACAUUACUGCAGAUCGUUUACAACGCGGAGAGGGCGGCAAAAUUACUCACUCCAACAGGCAUGAGGGAGCUCACCAAGUUGCAGUGGCACAUGUUAAUGGAGCAGCCGGACGACGUUAUUGCAAAGGAACUGACACGGAUGGACAGCAUCAUGUUCACAUCUAUUAGGCCUCGAGAUCUGGUCAGAUAUGUGAGCCUAAAUGCGGAAGCCAAGAAACGCUACCGAAGUCUGGAGAACGUGCACCGUAUGAUCGAGCACUUCAACUAUCUUGCCGACUGGGUGAUUAACCUCAUCCUGCUACGCGAUAAGCCGAAGCAUCGCGCCUUGAUGCUUGAGAAAUUCUAUCGAGUAGCACGAGAGCUUCGAAAGCUCAACAAUUACAACUCGCUGGCAGCAGUAGUUUCUGGAAUUAAUAACUCAGCCAUCUUCCGCCUUCAGGCGACCAAGGAACUUAUUUCUCCAGAGGCGACAAAGGACUUCAGACGUCUCGAAGUUCUAAUGUCACCUCAAAAAUCUCACGCAGCAUACAGAUUGGCGUGGGAAAAUACAUCUGGCGAGCGGAUUCCUUAUCUGCCAUUGCACAAGCGUGACCUGGUUUCAGCAUCGGAAGGGAAUCGUACAUUCGUCGGCGAGGACCCAAAGCGACAAGACGAUGCGCUGGGCGAAGAUGAUCCUGAAGCGAGAAUCAAUUGGAAGAAAUUCGAGAUCAUGGGCGAGGUCAUAGUCAGUGUGCAGCGAGCACAGGGAGUGCAAUAUGAACCUUUUAAGGUUUGCGAAGAGGUGAGGUCGCUCGUCUGCGACACGGCUCUGCAACGAGACGAAGACGCAAUAUAUGACCGCAGUUGUCAAGUCGAACCCUCUGGAAACAACGCUCGGCGUCGUUUCCAGUGGUUCCCGGGGACGACAGUCAUUGGUCCAUCUGUGUUUCCUAACGUUUAAACGACAACAAAUCAGCGUUUCGAUCAAGCUGUAUUUUGGCCCCCAGACUUAUGACUUCGCGGCUGCACUUGCAUUCAACUCAUCUGGGGCUUGGUCUCUGCACACAAGACGUCUCGUCCUGGGCUUUUGGGCUGAAUGAAGUGAAGUCAUUUAUUUCGAUAUUGCUUCAAACAUCGAACGAGGGGCACAACCCUAGAAAUGCUCCCUGGUACCGAUGUUACCUCGGAUAGUAACUCCGCAAUGGAAGUCGCUGGAGCAAUUUGGAACGCGGCCAGGCACUCAAGAGAUUGGGGUUAUUUAGAGGAAGGAUUCACAGUUUGACACAGCGCAAAAGCGGCGAUCUAAGUGACAUCGAAACACUUGAGGGCAGAAUCCGGUACAAAGCAUGACCGGCACAUAGAUUCUGGUGACUGAAGCCAACAAGGAGUAAAGUGGGCAGGGAUAAGACGGAUUUAUAAACACGAGGACGACCGACACGAAUGAUAUGAUGAAUUCUUGUUGCAACUGAUUCGUGAGAACCCAACGAAGCAUUCGAGGUAGCUGGAUAGUGUGAGAUGAAAUGUGGAAGGAAAGAACAAGUUACAUAGAGGUGUAACGGUCGUUGAAUGAUUUGGUGUUUGCAAGUUCGAGGAGACCAGAUGCACAUGAUGUUUUUUAUUAUAGACAUUGUGGACCAACAUCAUUGUCAAUUGUUCGGCAGCCGCAAGGUCGUGAUAAGGUGAAAUAUGUACCAUACAGCUAUUGAAAUGCGAAUGCUUAUUUUUUAUUUCA